AUGACCUUGGUUAUACGAAACAUGCAAAGGACCGUAAAAUUAAACAUAAGACAACUUCGAGUAGAUGUGGGCUUGUUGCUGAAGUUAUGUGAUCUCCAGUCUCACGACCUAGGUCUGCUGCUGGUCUCUGACUACAAGAUCAGACGGUUGAACUCUGAAUACAGACAGGUUAAUGAAGUUACUGACGUGCUAGCUUUCCCUUGUCAUGAGAUAUCACCGGAAAAUGCAGGACAUCUUCCAGAUGUAGAAGACGAGGACAAAAUGUUAGGAGAUAUUGUAUUGGGGAUCUCUUACAUUCACCAGCAGUCGAAGAAGCAUUCAGAACACUUUGAAAGUGUUCUUCUGACCAUGGUGACCCAUGGGAUCUGUCACCUUGUGGGCUACGACCAUGACACACGGCAGCAGUGGGAACAGAUGUACAAAAGGGAGCUAGACAUUUUAGAGAAAUUUAACAAACAAACAGGAUAUAAGUGCUCUCCUCUACUGGGCGUGGGCCAUUAUACAGAGACAUGA